AUGUACGCAAAUAGAACCUCAUCAAAAGCUAUUCACAUCACAGUCGGGCAGCUGCAGUUAGACGAUCUCAAGCGGGUGGAAAUGAUUGCUUCUUACGGUUCUUAUGCUGAGUGCAACAAAAAAGCAAAACCAUUCCAGACUCUUUUAUAUGUCGUUCGUGACUGGACCUCUUCGCAAGAAUACCGUUUUGGAUUUGAUGGUGGAAAACAAUAUUUCUGUAGAUAUACUGAGAACGGGUCAGAGGAAAUUCGUAGGUUAUGCAAAAAAAUUGAUAGCUGUUUUCUAACAACCUCCUGCUUUCUGAUGCCGCAUCCCGGACUUGAAGUUGCUGAAGCUGAAGAACCAUAUCGUUGUAUAAGAAUUAGAGAAGUGUUCUUGGAUCAGUUGAAGUCACUCGCAAGGCAGCUUUUGUCGACAGAUCACUUAUCAGUAAAAAUGGUAGCUGGGUAUGAAAUAACUUUUGAGGAGCUGUUUGAAUUCUUCCAUUAUCUGAAAAGGAAUGGUGCAGAACGCGGUGAAGCAAACUUGAAAGAACUGCAUACCUUGUACACAAAAGGUAUCGAUUUGAAGAGCAUUCUCGCUAAACUGAAAGAAGUACAUGAUACUGCAAAACGCGAAGCGUUAGAAAAACUUGAAGAUGCCAAGAAAAGUGAUGGAGGGGAAAAUCAGCGGUUCUCUCGAGAACGGUUGGAAGACUUCUGCGAUGUCCUGUUUUUUUGA